AUGCUUCCCAUAUCUGCCAACACAGAGCAUCGUAAAGCAGUAUUCUCAUUAUACAGGCUAAUCCUACGAAACACUCUUCGGUGCCAGAACCUUAAGGAUACACUAAAACUCAAAUGGAUGGCCGAACUACAACAGUUGUUUCGAGGGAGAGCCAAACUAGAGAACGCUUUUCAAAUACAAAGCGCACUGGACGAAGCUAUUAAAUACAACGAAAAGCUUCGCGGUCUCAGCAAUGGCGACCAGACUUGUUUCCGGGAAAUCAUCAGCAGACUACAACACAACAAGAGCCCUCGGUCUAGCCUUGCCGUUCUGCAGCAGAUCGUUGAGGCCGAGGCUCCCAAAGUGGAUCCAGAAGAGAAAAAACAGCGUCGUCAACUGGCUAGUUGGAUGAAAUUGUACAUAGAAAGACGCCAAAAAUCACACACACUCCCUCGGAAGGCCGAGCUGGACCCGAAAUACGUCGAGAAUGUGCUGAAAUCAAAGAUGUUGUACGAGCGGGCAGAAAAAGCUGUCAGACGACUGGCUGAAAAAUAUUCAAGACCGUCGACUGCUCGCGUAAAGUCUGUGACAGGCACAAUGAACAGACUGUCAGUGAUUAGCACUCCUUGGAAUAAGAACAUCCACGUGACGGGACGACGAGGUGUUUUUCUACAACGAGAUAGCCAUCAGCAGUACAUUGAUGAGCUCAACCAGAUGAGAAAUUGGGAAAGAGAGUGGAUGUUCUGGCUGCAGAAAGAACAGGAGUGGGAGAACUUGGUCACAGGCAAAAAUGGAAAGGACUGGUUUCUGCCGAUAAAGAGAUACAAGCGCGACUUAGCGGGCCGCGGAAAGGAGGUUGAGGAGAAAACGUUCUGGCACAACAAGAUGCACUAUGCAUAUUUCGAGAAGCUGAAGCCCGAGUUCGACGAGAUGUGGCUCAAGAGCGGCAACAACCUGGCCAGAAUGCGCCAAUUUAUGGUUCUUGAACAAAUGGGCCCGUUUACAGACUGUGUCGACGGGUCGCUUGGCAAAUUGAUGCGUGAACACGGGUUCAGGUCGCCAACACGGCUGUCUAAACUGGGUAUAGAGUAA